AUGGUCGCAUGGGGUCGCGGUGCCACAGCAGCCGUGUUCGGGAUAGGUAGAGGUCGGCAUUCCCAAGGUGGAGCAGAUGGCGGGAAAAGCGGGUUACCACUAACAUUUUCGGAUAGCGAUCGGUGGAAGACGAGCAAUGGGUGCGGUUUCGCCGUGCUGGUAACCCGACGAUGGGAGUCGCUGCUGGUGUGGGCGAGCAGUGGCGGAAUUCGCUGGCUGGUCGCAGGCUUGGCUGUCGCCAUCAUGGUCUCCAAGGCCCUUGCCGUGUGGCUGCAAACGCUGCUGAUCGGCCCCACAGCAUCCUUUGGAUCAGACACCGCCAACUUCCCCCUCUACUCCGAGGUGGCUCGAUGGUAUGCGAGCGGGGUCACGGCCGUGCUUGCACUCAUCGCCACAAAGCUCCUGGGUCGGCCCAUACUGUCCUCUGUCCCCAUCUACUCCUUUGCUGGCGCUGGGGCUGCCAUCACCAUCACUGCAGUGUGCAUAAGAGAGCUCAACGGUCGCAUUGGCAUCGGAGCCACCUGCAUGGUCUAUGCCCUGUGCACCCUCUCACUGCUACUCUGGCAGUCGAUUCUGAGUGGGGCGCCCAUGCUGGUGGGCUCCUGCAGUGGCUCCUCCCCCGUGGCAGCAGUGGCGUGGCGGCGACUGCACUGGCUGCGCCUCUUGGGCUGUCUGCUCGCCUGCUUUCUCGCCUACAGCUGCUGGCUCUGGUUCCCCCCAGCCUCUGAGGCAGCGCGGGUGCUGCUGCCCUCUGCCACGCCGCUCUACCUCUGGCCGCCUGCCAGCAUGGGCGUGCGCUACUGGUGGUGGAUCGGACCCCUAGCCGUGCCCAUAUUCGCGUUCCUCUUAUUCUGCUCUGACGGGCUAGCAGUGGCGCUGCAAGAGAGAGUCUAUCUGCAGUACGACCUGCCAGUCACCUCCCUGGUGCUCUACGUGUCCACAUCAGCCUUGUUUGUCGACUUCUGGGUGUUUACCUACCAGUCAGCAUUAGAGCUUGCCGCUAUCGACCACCCUGUCACAUCGCUGGUGCUCUAA